GUAAACAAGUGUUAUAUAUAUGUGUACGUAUUACGUAUACGUGUGUUUGUGUGUUGUGUAUAUAGGAGAGUCACACGUAGCAGGCUGGCAGCUGGUGAACGGCGGCCCGGUCAGUUUGGUUGGGCCGGUGGGCGUGUGGGCCUCCGAGAAGAGAGGUAGAAGCGACGAUCUGAUCGCUCGCUGUCUUGCGGGGUUAGAGCGGCUCUCCAAACGAGGCGUCUUCUCGGAUUCUCGCGUCACUCGUGCGUGCCCUCGCCGCCGCUCUCCCUCCCUCGCGCGCGCGCAACAGGCGGCGACGGCGCGAUCGCCCCGGUGAUCUCCCCCCGCCCCCCGCGUUUGAGAUCCCUUAGCUCGUCUUCCCGCACCGCCCGUCGUCCCUCGCCGGACGACGUCCAGAUCUGAGUUUUCUCAAGAAAUGGCUAGAACUCCAAGAGACCGUAACCAGAAAACAAGAAAGGCAUCCAAGAAAAAUGGAUUGCAACUAACCUCAGAGAAAAAAGACUGGAAAAGUGCCACUUGCUCGAUAUGUUUGGAGCAUCCACAUAAAGCUGUGCUCCUCCUUUGUUCUUCUCAUGACAAAGGCUGUCGUCCAUACAUGUGUGACACCAGCCAUAAGCACUCUAAUUGUCUCGAGCAGUUCAAAAAUGCUUAUUUGAGGGGAACACUAGCCUGCGAAUUAUCAGGUGCAGCGGCAGAACCCAGCAAGAAGCUAGAGGAGAUGGAUCUUGCAUGUCCUAUCUGCCGUGGGGAAGUUAAAGGUUGGACAGUGGUUCAACCAGCCCGAAAAUUUCUCAACCGCAAGAGGAGGAGUUGCAUGCAUGAGGGAUGUUCAUAUUUUGGAUCAUAUACAAAACUGUGCAAGCAUGUGAAAUCCAAGCAUCCUUCAUCAACGCCUCGUGAAAUUGAUGCUGCAAGAUUAGCUGAGUGGAAGGAGCUUGAAUAUGAAAAGGAGAGGCAGGACGCAAUAAGCAUAAUUACAUCCUUGAAUCCAGGGUCAACAAUUGUGGGGGACUAUUUCGUUGACCCCGGCAGUGACAGCAACGACUCGUUCGACUCGUAUGGCUAUAGCUCUGAUUCUCUCACAUUCUCAGAUAGCAGUGACAGUGAAUCCACAGAUUUUGACAGCCAUGGGAGUGAUGGAGAAAGACCAAGGGAAAGUACCGUAAAUGUAUCACUUGGUGAUCCUGGCAUUCAGCGUAAUGGUUCCAGCAGCUCUCGGCGGCCAUUCCGUGUUGUUUCUCCGUCAGCCCGUGUAAAACACUAAAGAUCCAUAAUUGACAGCUGAUGCACUAUAGGGUGAUGAAUGGCGUAACACGUUUUGUGAAUGUCGUCUGGUUAGCAUCCCAUUCCCUUCUUUAUUAUCAAAGUAAAUUAAGCAACAGGUUAGGCUAGUUUGGUCGAUCCUUAUUACGUCAUGGGAAAAAGAACUGUAAAUCCUAGCCUCAGUUAUGCUUAGUUAAGCAGCUAUAUGUUUCAUCUUGCUCAGUGGGAUCUGCAAUUUUAAAAGCUCUUUUGGAUCCUUCAGUGUUCACAACGUACUGGCAGUUUUGUUGUCUAAUAAUCU